AUGGCGGCUGAGAGAGCGAUGGGGCCACUUAUUGACGUGGUCAAAGAGGCGGUGCUGACAGCAGUGAGAGAGGAGCUCGCUGCACAGCUGACUGCUGUAGCGGAGAGGGAGAGAGAGUUUGUUAUGGUGAAGCAGGAGUUGGAGGAGGUGAAUGGGGAGUUAGCAGCAGUCAAGGGGGAGUUGGGAACGGUGAAAGGAGAGCUGGGAGUGUUGAAGAGGGAGAUGGCAGCAGUGAGGGUGGAGUUGGCUGAGCGUGGUAGGGCAUCUGGUGUGAAGGGGCUGAACGGGAAGAGGAAAAAGAUAAGGCAAGCAGGGACAGAGGAGUGUGCACGGGAGGUGGAGAGGGGGAGGAAGGUGCUUUGGAUGGAUCGACCACGUUCCAUGGAGAAACCGGCUUCCUGUGAGGAAGGGCAGACGUUGCAAGAUCUGAAGCUGGAUGUUGAGCUGCAAAUCAGGCAGAGUGAAGGUGAUCGGAAGAGGGCAUGGGAGCAAAUCAAGGCAGCAUCACAAUCUUCCUUUCUACAUCUGUCGGGCAACGGCCUCUCCAACGACAUGCUCGCCCAUGCGUCCACCAUGACCCAGUUGACGUGCAUUAUCGUGAGCCAUGACUCAGGCUUCAGUGCAGAGGGCUUCAAGCACCUCUACAGGCUGACAGGUCUCACAUCCCUCGUUCUCCUGGUGGCCAACGUGACCGAUGCGGGUUUGCCGCACUUAACAGCUUUGUCCUCUCUCAAAGAGCUCUCGCUUUCUGGAUGCGAGGGUGUGACAAAUGCUGGCAUGGUGCAUGUGGGGAGGCUGACAGGGCUUGAGAGUCUUCAUCUGGCUGACACGGCAGUCACGGAUGAUGUUCUGCAACAGCUGACUGCCCUGACCAAGCUGACUUCUCUCUCGCCGCCAGAGGGUUAUUCCCUUAAGAACGAUGCUGUGCGCAGGCGGAUAGCCAAGUAG